AUGUCUUCGGCCUCUCCUCCAAAGGAACCUGAAGUGGAACCUGAAGCGCAAUCAGGCGACGACCCGGAACACAUGGAAAGGGAUAAUCAAGAUACACAAGGACAAGGCCAGGGCGAGUUCGAAGUGAAGGAGCAGGAUCGAUGGCUCCCAAUUGCAAAUGUGGCUCGCAUCAUGAAGACCGCCCUGCCAGAAAAUGCUAAGAUUGCGAAGGAAGCAAAGGAGUGCAUGCAAGAAUGUGUGAGCGAGUUCAUUUCGUUUAUUACCAGUGAAGCUUCCGAGAAAUGUCAGCAAGAAAAGCGCAAGACGGUCAAUGGCGAGGACAUCCUCUUUGCCAUGACGUCUCUGGGGUUUGAAAACUACGCUGAAGCUCUCAAAAUCUAUCUGUCCAAAUACCGUGAGACCCAGUCUGCGCGCGGUGAGAACCAGAACAGACCCACGAGCAGUGGUUAUACGGGUGGUCCGGUUGGCGGUUCUGUCAGUGGCCCUCAGGUCGGUCGUGCGAAUACCGCAACCGCAGACCCGGGUGCCACAGGCUUCCCUGGUGCUGCGGAGAACUCCAACAGCAUCCUCAGCCCGAAUCUGGACCCGUCCCAGGACGCAUCGGCCUAUGGUUACACGUCCAUGGUAGGCCAAGGCCACAACGGCACCGGCGGUGAGUCCUACUAG